AAGUCGGAUGUGAGAGAAGGAUAGCGGGAGAGAUUGGAGGAAACGUAGGGUGACCGAUGCGGGUUUGGUUGACAGCUCGGUGUGAAUUGAAGGCCUUCUCGGAGCACGGUGUGACUUUAUGGUUAUGAUGUAAGGCAAAUGAAUGAACACAGUGAAAGCAUUGCCUUUGCUCAUUGCGAUGUGUAAAAAUUGGUUCAAUGACAGACGCGUUGUCUGACUGUUAUGAUGAAAAUCUAAAAUCGAGUCUACACGUUUUUGCAUUUUAAAUAAGCUACCAAGCGAUUUAGCUGGCUAACUACUACUGUUUCUGGUCAUACAAAUGAAUAUUAGCAAAUUAUUGAAAAUAUAUGGAUCUUUCCAGUGCUUAUUUUGAUUUUCCUAGCUGAAAUGAGCUGACUAGGCCAUCUGUAUAACUAGUUGGCUCGCUAGCCACAUCUUUUUCCGGAAGAAUACACAUCAGGGUAGCUAAGCUAAUAUCACCCGAUCUUGCUAGCUAUGUUAACGUUGUAGCUAGUCGGCUUGCUACAUUGUGACAGGAUGUACAUCAAACCACAUUAUCUGUCACAAACGUCAGAAACGGUAUCCGAAAUGACAUUGGGCAACUAGUCAGGUCGAAAGCUAAGUUACUUUCUGACUUGGUUGCCAUCUCAAAGUUUUGGUAGAGCUGACCAACGUCAGCAAGGCUACAGUGCAGCAAAUCAAAAGCAGCUGUAAUUGCAAGCUUGCGAAUUCGCUUGCAGUACAAGCUUAAUCAGUUUGACAGUUCCCGAUAAUAUUCAGCUGUUACCAAGAUGGUCAGCAAGCUACUUUGCUAUGGAGGGCAAUGUCUUCACAUUAAUUUAACCAUCCUUUAACUACGUCCAAUUGAAAACUAACGGGUUCGCUAUCAUACAGGCAGUUUAACAUCCAAGGUUGCUAUUAGCGAGACAACUGAAAUGCCGGCUACAUCGAGUCUGUGAUUUUGAUGUCAAGAUGUUCUCUUUUCAGUUGGCGUUACGGCUUGUUAAGUGGACGUUACUGAAGUUUAGCAAUGAUAACGUUACUGAAGUUUAGCAACAAUAACGUUACUGAAAUAUAAACGGAGUUUCCAAAGUUUGCUAGCAAACGUUUAACAGGCUAGCAUUUACAGCUAUAGUAAAGCAGGAUAUAGCUAGUGAUGCGCUGUUUGACGUCGGCCGAAAACGCAAAAGCCAAGGAACUUGAGAGACCAGUUGAUGCGAAACCUGCUAAGGCUCCAGUUACGUCACACUCCCCGUCUCAGGCUCCGCGCAAUCACCACCAUGCCGUCCUGGAGGCCGCCGGGCCCAGCCACGUGGCCAUCAACGCCAUCUCCGCCAACAUGGACUCCUUCGCCCGGGGGCGCACCGCCAUCCUCAAAAAACAGCCGAGUCACAUGGAGGCCGCGCACUUCGGGGACCUAGGGCGUUCCAGCGUCAACUACCAGGCGCAAGAGACGCGGUCGCGGCUCUCGAAGACGGUGGACCAGAUCCUCCGGGACAACGUGGCCAUGCCCUACUACAUCCAGUUCAUGGAGACGCAGGCGGCCGACCACCUGGUCAAGUUCUGGCUGGAGGCUGAGAGCUUCCGGGCCACCAGCUGGUCCCGGGUGCGGGCCCACAGCCUCAACUCGGUCAAGCACAGCUCGCUGGCCGAGCCGGCCUCCCCCUUGGCCCGGAGGCCCGAGAGCGAGGACUCCUCCGGGUCGCCCCCGCACGCGCACACCCCCAGCCCCCCCGACACAAACUCUCACAGCCCCGUCUCCCAUGGCAACUCCCUCGGCGUGGACGGGAGCGGCGCUCUACAGCAGCCCCCGAGGGCCGAGACCCCCACCAGUCAGCCCUCCUCCAAGACGGGGACCCCCUUCAAACUCCAGGCCACGAACGCACUCAAACAGCUGUCGGACAGACUCAUGAAGAGUAUAGAAAGAGACGCAGUGAGUAUCUUCACCAAAUACAUCUCUCCAGAUGCUGCUAGAUCCAUCCCCAUCACAGAAUCAGUGAGAAACGACAUAGUGGCAAAAAUCUGUGGAGAAGAUGGGCAGGUGGAUCCAAACUGCUUCGUCACAGCACAGUUGGUAGUUUUCGGCAUCAUGGAUCAACAGCACUUUACCGAAUUUUUAAGGAGCCAUCAUUUCUGCAAGUACCAGAUCGAGGUGCUGACGAGCGGCACCGUGUUCCUGGCCGACAUCCUCUUCUGCGAGUCGGCCCUCUUCUACUUCUCCGAGUACAUGGAGAAGGAGGAAGCUGUAAAUAUCCUGCAGUUCUGGCUCGCUGCCGACAACUUCCAGGACCAGCUGGCUGCCAAGAAGGGCCAGUACGACGGGCAGGAGGCUCAGAAUGACGCCAUGAUCCUGUACGACAAAUAUUUCUCCCUUCAAGCCACGAACCCCCUGGGUUUUGACGACUCGGUGCGGUUAGAAAUCGAGUCCAAUAUCUGCCGGGAGGGCGGCCCCCUGCCCAACUGCUUCACCACGCCUCUGCGGCAGGCGUGGACCACUAUGGAGAAGGUUUACAUGCCAGGGUUCUUGUCCAGUAACCUUUACUACAAGUAUCUGAGUGACUUGAUCAAUUCCGUUCGAGCUGACGAGUUUUUCGCCGGGAACGCGAAUGCCCCCCUGGGCCAGGAAGGCGAGCGCGGCAGUAGCGCCUCUGAGGACUCGCUGGCCCAGCAAGGCUCCAAAAAAGCAGCAAUUAAAAUCCUGAAAAACUUUGACGAGGCAAUAACUGUAGACAUCGCCAGCCUGGACCCGGAGUCACUUUAUCAACGUCCGUACGCUGGAAGAAUGACGUUUGGGAAGGUGAAUGAACUUGGACAGUUUAUCAGGGAGGCUGAACCAGAACCCGACGUGAAGAAGUCCAAAGGCUCCAUGUUUUCCCAAGCCAUGAAGAAGUGGGUGCAGGGAAAUUCAGACGAGGCCCAGGAGGAGAUGGCCUGGAAGAUCGCCAAGAUGAUCGUGAAUGAUGUCAUGCAUCAGUCGCACCACGAUCAGCCCGGCGACAAGAUAACUAAGGUGGUGGAUUUCUUACAGUGACCGUGUGCUUUCGCAGAUUUGGGGUUUUCGCACGAUGUCGCGCUACUUCAGGCCUAGUGAUGGUAUACUAUGGUAACAUACAGUACAAAGCUUUGGUGAAAGUAAAUUGAAUGUAGGAAUGGCGACCAGCCAAGAAAAAGUUAAUAUUGCUUUUAAUUUACUUAAUGUAACUGUAAUUGAGGGAUGCUUUUAUGGAUUAUAUGUAAAUAGACUUGAGUCAUAGUUUACUUUAGAUUUAGUCCUAGUUCUGUUUUCAUCUUUUCAUUUUAACAAGAGCGACUAGAUUAAGGAGAACAGUUUUUGUUGAAUGCAGCGCUUUGAACCGUGAAGCUGUCCAAACACGGUAAGUGGCACGCACGGUUUGGGAAGUGCCCUGUGCCCUGAGGAUAUGCAGCUGUUGCGUUGUGUCUGCGUACGCGUUUUUAUAGUCUGUACGCUUCCUUUUCCAGCUAUGACCUUCAUGAAGAACCAAAGGAAACUCCCUACUGAAGCUCCGUAUACAGACGGAGCCGGGCGGAGAAUGAGUCGGCGAUGAACUGCACACUAUUCAUCCCAUGUUACCUUUAUUUGAAUGAAGAUAGAACAACACAUUCCAUUACUUCCUGCAUCAAGCUUGUGUGUGUAUGUGUGUGCACAGGUGCGUAUGCGUGCGCGUGUGUGGGCGCGCAUGUGCGUAUGAGGUGCGUGCGCACGCGAUUGUAUGUUUGUGGGCUCACAUGAACGCUCCCUCUUAAACACUAUGAAGGCUUUUAAAUGUAUGAAGUGGAAAAAACAAAACCGUUGUGCGGCAGCACCUGACGCAAACAAGUUCCUCCAAGGCCAAGAAGCGGUGCAGGAAGUGGUGGCGUUACACGGUGCAUUAAAACGUCUCUGCUGGAGUCCUGCGUAACAUAACCUUCUGCCACGGAUUCUGAGAAGAGACCCAGGACCUAAAAGAGACUUCUUGAUUGUGACGAUGAAGACUACGGUCUCCCAUUCCCCGUUUGUUUUAAAGAAGGUUGCUCCCGGAAAAAAAGGUCAUAUUCAUUUUAAUGGAAUGGAGCUUUGACGAGUCGUGCCCAUUUCUGAACGGCUGUGUACAGUUUUAAUUAGAAACGCAUUUCUCUCUGGCCUCUGUGUAUAUUGUGAACAGUAUUGACAGUGCAAGUAAUUUGUCCUAUACCUGUGUCCAGUAGACAAGACGGGAAUAUUAUUAAAACUGGAAAUGCCCACCAACCAAUCACUGCUGCAGGAACUUGCCCAUCUGUAGCAAGACCUGGCACUUUCUCCGUGUCAUUGCAGUACAUAAGUCACGAGUUGUUCUUCUGCAGUUAAUGCAAAUCUCCCUUGGACUGAAGUACAAGAGUUGCAAUGAAUACUUCUGGCCCCAUGUUAUAUAGCUGUAGUUUUCUGGUUUGGCCCAUAUAUUAAUGUUAUAUCCAUAUUUUGAUGAUGAUUAUUUUUUGUAUAAUAUGUAAAAACAAUGUCGAUACAGAUCUCAGUAAGGACUCGUGGUCUUAUGAGAAUGUGUACCCGGUGAAUGUGUUAUUAUUUUCAGACACGUUCAAUUGCGGAUAAGAACCAGAAAGAAAAGACUUUUGGUACUAUGUACCUUUACUAUGUUUUCUGAUGGAUAUGUGUACUUAAUCUAUAAUAUAUUUAAAUUGUGUUCGAUUUAAAAAUACAUAUAUUAUUGAAAUGUUUGUCAUCUGUCUUGUGUCAUUUGUUUUUUUUUUUAUGACCGUAAAAAGUACUCCGAUAUAAAUCUUCCACAGAUCUGGAAAGUACUGUAGAAAGAAAAAAGAACUCAAUGAAAAGAAAACUCCAUGAAAGGAAAACUCCAUGAAUUCCGAUGUUUUCACUGAUUCUAUGUGGAAAAGUUGCUACCAAUAAAUGGAAAAUUAGAAUUCUCUGCUGAA